AUGACUUUCGGCUGUUGUCUGCCGAUAUUGCGCCGCCUUCGGCCUGCCAGCUUGGACGGCGAUGACGAGAAGAGAGGCCCCAGACGCGCCCGCACCCUCUCGGUCCGUGGCAACUCGCACAAUCCCUCCCCCGACAACCCUCUCCGCGCCCUCGUCAUGGGUACCGCCGCCGUUGCCACGCCCAAGACCGAGUCGUGGCGCAAGCCUCCCAUGCCCAAGGACUCGUCCACGGCCAGCUCCGCCUUCCAGGAUGCCACCCGCUUCAGCAAGAUGAGCGAUGCCAUGCACCGCGUCGUCGACCAGCUGUACGACCGCCUCCGUGGCGACGACGAGAAGCUGUCGAGGGACAAGUUCUCUGCCUUCCUACGCGACGUCCAGGGCGAGACCUUUGCGCCCCUGAACGAGGACACCUAUGACCUCGGCACCUUCAAGUUCCACUGGGCCAUGCUGUACAGCAACGCCGCCAGGUCGCCGUGCCAGAAGGACCUCUCCAAGCCCUUGACCAACUACUUCAUCAACAGCAGCCACAACACCUACGCCGUCGGUAACCAGCUCGUCUCCAAGAGCUCCGCCGACAUCUACAAGGACGUGCUGAUGAGGGACUGCCGCUGCAUCGAGAUUGACGUCUUGAACUGCAACGCCGCCAGCACCGUGUCCACCGGCAACAGGCCUGGCCACAACCUUGGGAGUUCGCGCAUCUCAGGCAGCUCUCUGCCUUAUCUUGCCGACGCUGUCCACGACCGCAUGCUGGGAGGGAGAGAGGAUGCGAACAACAGCCCGUCCGUCGACUCCAACUCCACCGUCUGCGGCACCGGGGUCAUGGGCGACGACGACGACGACGGCGGCGACGGCGACGAUGACGACGAUGACGACAUCUCCCCCAAGGCCAGCGUAGUCUGCCUGGUCGACCCGAGAGGAGGAAGCACGGCGGACAGGCCCGACGUGUCAGGAGGCCAGCAGCAGCACACGCGGUCGCGGGCCAAGCCGCGCCUGCCCGAGGGCGAGCCCAUCGUCACCCACCACUGGACCCUUACCGUGCCUUGCGGCUUCCGUGAAGUGUGCGCCGCCAUCCGUGAGACGGCCUUUGUCACCAACGACCUGCCCGUCAUCGUCAGCCUCGAAGUCCACACCAGCGAUCAGCAGCAGGAGGUCAUGGUCAGGAUCAUGAAGGAGGAGUGGGCCGGCCUGCUCGUCGACCGAGCUCUGGAGGGCUGCGACCCGCGCUUCCAGGUGCCCACGCUCGCCGACAUGCGGCGCAAGAUCCUGGUCAAGGUCAAGAAGGUGCCCAACAAGCUAGUGAACGUGCCGGGGCAGCACGUCAUCGGCAGCCUCUCGGCGCUGGCCGUCGAGGACGAGUCGACGGACACGGACGACGAGCGCACGACGGCGACGACGGCAGCAGCGACACAGAUGUUCCUGACGACCAACGGCACGUCAACGACGACGACGACGACGACGACGACGACGACGACGACCAGGUCGUCGACGGCCUACUCACAGCCGACCUUCCGGAUGGCCCGGUUCCCCAUCUGCCAGUCGCUGAGCGACCUGGCCGUGUACACGUUCAGCCAAAAGUUCAAAGGUUUCGACCGGCCCGAGGCCAAGAAGCCGACGCACAUGUUCUCCAUCAGCGAGGGAAAGAUCCGCGACAUCAACGAGAAGCACCACGCCGACCUGUUCCGGCACAACAAGUCGUACUUUAUGCGCAUCUUCCCCGCCGGCCGCCGCAUGGACAGCUCCAACCCGGACCCGAGCCUCUGCUGGAGCAAGGGCGUCCAGAUGGUGGCCAUGAACUGGCAGUCCAUGUGCGACAAGAUGAUGCUCAACGAGGCCAUGUUCGCCGACGAGCAGGGCUGGGUCCUCAAACCGGCCGGCUACCUCGGCUCGGACAAGAACGCCGGCGACACCCAGGACGACGCGAACCCGGGCGUGAGGCUGGACCUCCGCAUCAUCGUCCUCGCAGCACAGCACCUCCCCGUCGGCAAUCCCGACAGCGCAGAGCCCAUCAGCCGCGCCGCCCGAGAUGACCUGCAUCCUCUUCUCAAAGCAGAUCUCGUUAUCGAAAAGACGGAUGAUGAUUCCUUUUCUUCUUCAUCAUCAUCUUUCAACAACAACAACAACAACAACAACAUCCACGACUCCAAGUCUGAGGGAAACAGCAGCAGCAUCAAUGGCAACGGAAAAAAGCACACACUGAUGGAGUCACACACCAUUCGUCGAACAGCCGGACCGGCAAGAUCCGACCAUCCGGACUUUGCAGCCGCAGAACUAAAGUUUGGGCCGGUGAACAGGGUUGUCCCGCAGCUCAGCUUCCUCAGGAUCAAGAUUGAGGAUGAAGGUCUCGUCAAGGGGAGACUCCUGGCGUGGACCUGCGUGAGACUGGACCGACUCAGAACGGGCUAUCGGUUCUUUCAACUGCGUGAUACGAGGGGUAACGUCAUUGAUGGAGGAAAGUUGCUUGUCAAGAUUGAGAUGUGA